AUGGAUAGUGACUGUGAAAUACGUCAGAUCACUAUCUUAAAUGACCAUGCUAAUUUCCCCAUGUUUUCCUUUUGUGCGAUUUGCAAUAUGAAACAUGAACGUGUCUUCUUAGAUGAGAUGAACCCUAUCAGUAAGUCAUACAAAGUGAAAGUCAAGGUCAUUGAGAAGGGGAGGUCUAAGCUAUCUCCUAAGAAGGGGAUCCUAUAUCAGCAUUUGGUUUUGCAAGAUGAUAAGAAAAACAAGAUGCGGGGUGAGCUCUUUGGAGAUCAGAUAGAGGCAUACAAGGACGCAUUUGUGCACAAAGGAGAAUAUGAAAUAGCUGAUGCUCCCAUCAGGCAUGCAGACCCACAAUGGAAGAAAACCGAAGAAGAGCUUGACUUCCAGAUGACCUUUGGACGGCAGACAGUCAUCCAACGUGUGAACGUUGAAGCAGGCCCUAUCCUGCCCGACUACCAGUCCAUUGCUUCUAUCCCAAGAGCUGGGGAUCCCGAUGAUAGAUAUGGUAAUAAACAAGACCGCCAAGUCUUGGUUCGAGAAAUUGUCAUUGCUGAUCAUAGGUAUCUUUGCCAGCCACCAUCAUUUAUCUUAGUGUCACCUUUCACUCAUACAAACACACUGAUGUAUCUACCACUUCUAUUUGUCAGCUCUGAACAGCCAUUAAUCAUCUCCGUCUUGAAUGAUCUUGCUGAAGCUGAUUGUGACCCGCUCUCCUGCUGGGGUGAGAAGUUUGUUGUGGUUGGCUUCACUUCCUUGAGGGCCACAUCCCACAAAGCUUUAUCCCUCUCAUCAAGCAUGUCCACUGUGUUCGUUCAUGAUCCUGAAGGGCACAGAGAAGAUGCACUGAAAGAAUGGGCACUCCGCCAUCAGGUUGUCCUUGCUGAUAGACAGUCACGGGUCCUUGUUUUUAGGAACCCCUCCAAUGAAAAGGUGAUCAUAACCCUAGAUGAACUGAGGAACAAAAAGAACACCAACACUCUCCAAGAGGAGCGCCCUUGGUUAAAAGUGUGUAUCCCUGAUGCAAGAAUUGAGAAAGUGCAUGCUUAUCUUGGCUGCCCUAACUGUGGUAAGACAACCACUGUGCCAGUUGGUGAAGAUUUUAAGUGUCUGACCUGCUCCAGGAACGGCGUUAUAUCCACUCCUAGAAUCACUUUCAACUGUGAAGUCUCAGAUGACACGGGCACAUAUGCCUUCACACCCUUCACCGAGGAUUCUGAAAGACUUUUCAGAAUGACUGUUGCUGAUAUCUUCAGGAUGAAACACGAUGGUGAUCUAAAGACCUUCAUGGUUGCACGCAAAUUGCUCCUCACUAAGCAUUUUUUGAUUCAAGUCGGGCCAACUACAUCUCUGUCCACAAGCAAUGUGCUGCAAUGGUGCUUGAAGAAAGUAUCAAUUCAGGAAGAUAUCGUGGAGGAUGUCCUCACAACUGAUGCCAACAGAGCAGAGAAUGCUACCUGGACAGAUGUGGCCACUGAAGGAAAUACAAGCGCACAGAAUGCUAUUUCUUUGAAUGCUGGGCAUGCUGAUGCAGAAGAUUACACCAAUGCCGAUCCUUUGGAUGCGGAUAAUGCAGCUACUGAAGAUGAUGAUGCUAAUCACAGUUCAGAGGAAUGA